AUGCCAACCACCCGCAGACAAGCAGCAGCGCUAUUCCAGCCUGAGCAUGACUCUGCUACCACGGCCAAAUCAGCCGCUAAGGGAAGAAAGGCUGCCCCGAGGAACGUAAAUGUCAAGGCUUCCCCAGACGCCGUGAUGGGCGAGAAGAGAGAGGCAGGACAGACGGAGAAGGAAGUGCAAAAAGCGAAAGAGGAGCCGCCUGCGAAGAAGACAAAGAUUGAGAAAACGACUGAAGGAAAGCUGAAGGCGGAGGAAACGGAUCAGACGAAUGCCCAGAUGCAGGAUAAGAAGGAGCAGCUGGGCAGGAAGGAGAAAAUAAAAGUCGAUGAUUCGAAUACAGAGCCUAACCUGGCAAAUAAUAUCGAGACUAAAAAGGGCGAUUUUGGGAGGCGCACCUACGAGAGCGGAGUAAUUGAGCGAGGGCACAUUUAUUUUUUCUACCGUCCUCGCGUAGAGCUCGAAGAAGCAGUAUCACUUGACGAUGUCCAGCGCUUCUACAUGCUACUCAUUCCCCGUCCGCCGGAAUUCAGCACAGCGCCAAAUGAACCCUCGCACGCGUCUGGUGAGGAAGCUGAAGACCAGGAAAUGAAACUGCUGGAACCAGGCGCAGAUGUCGUGCCCGCAGCGGAACCGACCGACCAGCCAAAGAAGAAUUUCCGGCUGCUCGUAAUCGGCAAGAAGAGUCUACCCGACCCUGAAGUUGGAGGAGGCAAGGGCGGAGGGAGACACCAAGUCUUUUGGGCGACUAUUGUUACCGUAGGUGAUGACUUGAAGGAAUUGCAAGAGGGAUUGGGUGCAAGCACUUACGAGACCAAGACUCGAGGCACACGCCACCAAGGGUCUGCUCGUCUUGCGGCCCGUGGUGCAUACGCUAUCGUCAACAGCGAGGCUCGCACACCGUCAGGGCGCGAGACACACUUGGGGUACUACCUCUCCCAUCCAACCUCCGAGAACUUUGGAAAGGUACAAACGGAGCUGGGCAUUCACACCACGUCAUCGUUUGUCUUGCAGGUGAAGAACCCGCUCGCGCCUCCAGUAGGCCCUGGCCGAAUUGGGUUGCCCAAAGGUCGCCGUGUGGAUUACCCCGAGGACAUCAUGAGGCAAGUCUUUGGUAAGGGAGGUGGGCGAGGGAGGGAAGAUUUCGGUUUGAGGUUUACAAGUGUGGAGUGGAAAGAUAUGUUGGACUAUGAAGGCGUCGAGCUCUUAUUCAUUGCGGCAAGAAGCGGCGACGUGGGUUUGGAGACAAGCUUGGGGGAGGGGAGAGGAUCAGCACUACACGAGAAAGAAGAGGACGAAGCCAAAGGAAGCAUACAGGACAUCUUUAAGGAACUUGCCAUGGAUGCCCAGAAGAUUCCAGCUGAACCUCUUGAGGGUGAAUGGGCGUGA